AUGGCACGGGAAUUGUGCCGAUACCUCCUAUUUUUGGCUGGCGUCGUACUGUGUAUAGAAAGAUCCAGCGCAACUUUGGGUCUUUUGAAAGUCGAGGAACCUUGCAUGCGAAUUGAGAGACUUCUGUACAACCCAAGUACCUGGCAGAACGUCAGCAGUAUUUUCGAAUGGAGGAAAGAGAGUAGCUACGUAUUGAGAUGGGUUUGCUGUGACGGCAUUGAAUUACCAAACAUCUGUGGAAAACCCAUUUGCAAUCCCCCUUGUUCCGAGUUUACGGAGCUGUGCAGGAGAGAGGACCGUAUGUGUGUCAGUUCAAACCCAUCAGAACUUGGAGCAUUAGGUUUGCCACUACUUGAAGGAAGUCUUUCACCAAUACCAAUCGUACCUUCGAUGACACCAUUCUUCGAUGGACACCUUGACGAUGUACUAGUUACCUUUGAUGGCGUCACCAAUGUUGGUAUUUUGCCAGCUGAUAUCUACAAGGCUGACGAUGAGGGAAAUAGUCUCCGAGGUUUGUGUGGUAACUACGACGGCAAUCCCAGGAACGACCAUGGGGCCGAAAGUGUGGAAGUCUUCGCCCCUAGAUACAAGUUCCCAGACGCUCACUGCCCACUGCCCCAGGCGAGCCAUCUGAAGCCGUUUGACACGGACCUGCCAAAUCAUGUCACGGAAGAAUGCUGGAGGUUUGCCACAAACGGCCUCUUCCGAGCGUGCAGGAUGGUCAUCCCUGUCGAACCAUUUUUCGAUAGGUGCAUGUUUGCGAUGGCAAUAUGCGAGAAAGAUGGGUCGUUUUGUGACUUAUGUGAGAUCUAUGCGUCUUAUUCCAGAGAAUGCGCACAUCACCUCAUAGCUGUUGAAUGGAGGACAGAGAAUUUCUGUAACAUUGAGUGUGACAACGGUAAGCGAUACAAAGAGUGCGGAACUGCUUGCCCAAUGACUUGCAAGAACGUCUUCUUUCCUGAGAAGUGUACAUUGCCAUGGGUCUCCGGCUGUCAGUGCCCUGCAGGCACUCUGGAGGAAGGAGAUGUUUGUGUUGAAAAGGAAAGCUGCUCUUGUGACCAGUAUGGUGAAGUCUACCCAUCUGGUUCUCUGAUAGAGGAAGACUGCGAAGUUUGUGUCUGUAUGGAAGGCAUGCUUGACCAAUGCACUCCCAAGAUACCCUGCCAUGCAGCCUGUACCAUACUAGGCGGCCGCUAUUUCAACUCGUUUGACGGGCUGAACUUUGAGUUUGAAGGCAACUGCGAGUAUGUGCUUGCCCAGAACGCCACCUCUGAAGUUCCAAAAGUCAAGGUUGCUGAUGAGCUGAUAGUCUACGGAGUCAACCAACCGAAACAGAAUAUGAGACUUCCUUAUAAAAAGAUUGAUGGAGACAGCUCUAUUAUAGUGAAACGUCUCUCUUCGAUGGUUUGCCAGAUGAGGUUACCUACACUUGGCAUACAGAUUCUGUGGGGAAACGACAAUCGCAUUUACAUCAUAGCUGAAGAUAAACUACUUGGCAAGAUCAACGGUCUGUGUGGAAACUACAACAAAAUACAGUCCGAUGAUUUCACCCUGCCUACCGGGGAUCGAGUAUCCGUCGUCCGCGACUUCACUCCAGCAUGGAGUUCAGAUUACACGUGUAAAGAGAAACCUUCGGAUUCGCUGCUCAACUUCUGUGAAUUGUACUCAUUAGUUGACGCAGAGACUAACGCAAUCUGUGGUUUACUAAAAGCGCAUCCAUUCAGUAAGUGCAACUCGAGAGUGGACAUGACUAAGUACCACAAACAGUGCAAAAUGGAUCGCUGUAUUCACUCCGAGGGGGCAGAGUGUUUGGCCAUGUCUGCCUAUGCCCAGGAGUGCUCUAGAAAGGGGAUUGUGAUUGAGUGGAGGACUCCAGAACUCUGUCAUGUGCCCUGUUUCUUGGGUCAGGUUUACAAGGAGUGUGGGUCAUCAUGCAAGGUAUCCUGUCUUGAUCUCAGCAAUACUGAUUGCAAAGAACGCUGCAUUCAGGGAUGUCAGUGUCCUGACGGUGAGGUCCUUGACGAUGAAACAGAGAAAUGUGUCAAAGUGGCAGAUUGUUCCUGUCAGUUUGAAGGUCACGAUUUCUCGCACGGACAAAAGUGGAACAGUGACUGCAAUGAUUGUGUUUGUUUAAAUGGUGUUGCCAACUGCACGGAUAAAAUCUGUACCAGUGCAAAUCAGGAUUGCCCAAUGAACCAAGAGUACAUUGACUGUGUACACUGUGAGCGUAAAUGUGAGAAUAUUCAUUUGGCAUGUCGAAGGAUUUCGUGUACCCCCGGAUGUGGGUGUCCAGACGGCAUGGUACGCAUUGGAAACGAUCAGUGUAUGCCGCAGUCGCAGUGUCCAUGUUACUUUAACGGACAAUCGUACGGUUCCGGUGACGUAUUCUUCAAUGGAUGCAGAACAUGGUAA